AACGCAAUCUGAUUAUUCGAAUUGACAUUCGUUAAUCAACUUGGUUGUCAAUUUUAAAAAAGAGAAGCAAAGUAAAUUGAAUAUUCAUUUUCCGGUGGACUAAAGUUGGAAGUUUGCGGGCAUAACUGGCAGUGGAUGUUGGUAUUGCCGUAUUGGUAUGGCAGGAGAUACGUCCGCAUCCACAUCUGUGACUGAUGCUCCCUUUUCCGGCCUUGUCAUUUGCGUCUCUGGUCUUUCUAAAGAAGCAAGGAAGCAAGUUAUGGAAGGCACUCUAAGAUUAGGCGGUAAUUACAGCCCUAAUCUCCACCCCAAUUGCACCCACUUGCUGGUCCAGAGUCUCGGGGGACACAAAUUCGAACAUGCGUUGAACCACACUCAUCUUUUUGUUGUUACUCUUGGAUGGUUUAUUGAUUCCGUCAACAAUCAUGUCAAGUUAGAUGAAUUACCCUAUACUGUCUGGACCACCCCCACCCCCAGGGAAUGGGAUAAGGAUGCUUGUGUUUCGAUAAACCAGAAGCAGAAGCAGAAGCAGUUCCCACAAAACCAAUUGCAUUCUGAUAUCAACAAAGUGUCUGGCCACUCUAUAUUUAUCGACUUGGAUGUUUCUGCUCAACUGCGCUGUAAGGUUGUUGAUGUGGCUACUCGAGAAGGUGCUGUGCUUGUUGAUCAAUGGUUUGUAGGUUGUGGUGCAAGCUAUGUUGUUUGUGAGGGGUCAUCCAUACAAAGAUAUCUUGGACACUGUGAUAACAUUGUUAGUCCCAUGUGGGUUCUGAAGACAUCUAAAGAGAGAUAUAUGCAACGAUUUGUUGGAUUGUCUGCUGAUCUGGCUAGGUAUGUAGGAGCGAUGCUUGAAAACCUUCAACAUGUAACUGCAAGACAGGAUGCUUGUAAGGAAAAUUGCAAUGAUCACAUUCCUAUAUGUGAUAGAAGUAAACUUAGCCAAGAAGAAAGGCUGCAAGUGGCAAACCUUGCAAAAUGCGGCAUUAGAAGUCGGCGUGCCCGACGUUUGCAGUCGUGUCAAGUACCCUUGCGUCCAAUCAACCCCAGCAGCCUUCUAGACUCAAUCUGCUGGUCUAUCUCCGAGCCAACUUCUAGGGCUUCUGUAUAUGCAGAUUCUCUUACAUCCAAAAAAAACUUUGAGAUGCACAAACAUGGGCUUUCUGUUGGAGGGGAUCAUGUUGAAUCUGAAGCUUCUUUCUCAAAUUUAUUACGACCACUUACCGAAAGUGAGGAGAAUGAGUUAGUGUUUAAAAAUCACUUCAUCACCAUACUGUAUCCAGUUGAUCGAUUUGCUGAGUUGGGCCCUUCCUCAAGAACAUAUUUUAGUGACGCAGGAUUUACUUGUCUGCAGUUGCUGGAGUUUAUAUAUGCCUUCUACCAGGAAAAUAUGUCAGAUCAUGAAACAGAGGUUGCAAUUCACACUGACUCAAGGCAUGCUGACCAGCUCCGAUCAAUUUAUUGCAGUGAGAGAACAACAGAAGUUGGUUGCAUGACGUACAAGCGCAUUGAAUUUCUAGGAAGCCGGAGAAGUUUUGAAAUGUUGAAGCGUGUAAGUGGGGAUAACAAUAGCAAUGUCUAUGAACUUCUAUUAAGUGAAUAAGAAAUAUAUGUGUAGUAUAGUGCAUGUUGUUAGGAGUAGUUUGAAGGGGCCUGAAAGGGAUUGUAUUUAUUUCCAAUACCCCCAUCCCCAAAAAGAAGGGAAAAAAUAGAACUGAACAGCACAAUUUUAUGAAUGAAAAUAAGCAAAGGCUAGCAAGUUCGGCCUUAUACAGUUGGUGCAA